UACAAGCAAGAGAAGAGAGGUGUGAGCAGUCGUGAGCCGUGGUGACCAUCAACACUAACAACAACAACAACAACAAGGUUCUCUGUCAGAGUUCUUCAACCUCAUGUACCUGAGUCUUGCUGUAAAAGGAACACUGUUCCCUUUGUUUCCAUCUCCCAGUUUUGGGCAGUAUUUCACUUCCCUGCAUGGAGAACCUGGGCUGCAGCACCAAGAAAGUUUUCACUGACACUUCAAGCCGCAACAAGGUGUCUGCAGCACUCCUACGUAAUUUACACUAUUGAUGGUUUACUGUAACUGGGGCAAGUUUCAUGCAGCUAUUGGCAUAUAUAAAUUAGCUAUAGUACAACAGUUGAGCACAAUGGUGGUCCUUAACAUUAAACGUGGUAAUGAAAGCCAGUUUUUACUAGAGACAACAGUUCAAGCCCCGGUGGAAGAAGUGCUCAACAGAACAGUGAUGAUUCAUAAUGGUAGACUGAAAGUUUACAGAAUCUGUACUGAAAUGGAAUUACUAGCCGAGCAUGGACCAUCUCUCCCACCCGAGAUGCAAGGCCUUACUGAAGAUCAAAUCAAAGACCUUCAGCUUGAAGAUAAUUGGGCUAAAAUUUGUAUAGCAAGUGGUGGUGUUAAGGAAAAUAAGGAUGUGUGUGGAAGAAGAAAUGGUUGCCAACCACUGGAGAAGAUGCAAGAAGUGUUGUUGAAGACUGUUGCUGAAGCUAAGGCAAUUGUAUCUAAA